CAACACAUAUACAACAUGGGCGACUCCCGAAGAAACCGUCGGCCAGACAGCCGUCAGAUGUGGGAUGAAUCCGACCGUCGCGACAGGCGUGGAGGCCCACGAGAUCGAGACAGGGACAACAACGACCGUGACAGGAGAGGAUAUAGGGAUCGAUCGCGGGAGAGGCGUGGUGGAUACAGGGACCGCUCGAGGUCUCCGGAUAGAAGGCACAGAGAUCGCGACGGUGAUAGGAACCGGCCGAGGAACAGAGGCCCGCGAUAUCAUGACGAUAGGCGAGACCAACGGAGAGAUGAUGAUGAUGGACCUCGGUAUCGUCGUGAUGAUGAUGGCGAUCGAAGAGCCAAACCUCGUCGCUCCGCAUCCCCAAGUACCCGCAGUCCCUCCCACGACACAACAUCCCUCCCAACCCGCACCCGCCCCGACAACAAGCGCGAACAACAACCCCCCAACAUGUCCUUCAACGUCUCCAACAAAUCCCCUCCGCGCCGUGACGACGCCCCCGAGGGAGACGAGAUGGACGCCGAAGACGACGAAAUGGCAGCCAUGCAGGCCAUGAUGGGCUUUGGAGGGUUCGGAACUACAAAGAACAAAAAGGUGGCGGGUAACAAUGCUGGAGGUGUGAGCAAGGAGAAAAAGACAGAGUAUCGGCAGUAUAUGAAUCGACAGGGUGGAUUCAACCGACCGCUGAGUCCUGGGCGAUGAGGAAAGGAAAAAGGAUGUUUUUUUGGGGGUCAUUAUGAAUUUUAUGAUAUCCGUUGUGUGGUGUUGAGCGUACGAGACUGCAUCCUCAGAUUGGCGUUGGGAGGACAUAGCAAUAAUUCAAGCAUAACUGUCAAUGUUGAAAA